GAUGGUACCAGGUAUGAUUUGGGGGUUGUGCAAGCUGGGAUGGCUGUCUGCAGUUCAGCUCCAUGCACAGCAGCCAUUCCCUGUGCCCCAGCAUCCCCAUGGGGGCUGUAGCAUGCAGCUGUCAGCAUCCCAACCUGCUGCCCUCAUUUCCAGGCAGGCUUCAUUUAGAUCUUAUCUUCCCCAUUUAAGUGGGGUUUUCAGGAUCAUACUAAUGUGAACAAUGUAAUCACAAGUAGCAUAAACAAAUCCAAAUCAGAUCCUUUGAUGGAUGGCCAAUGCUCUGUAAUGAGCUGGAAAUACGAGCCCUCUAUUAUAAACGAUGCUGCAUUUUGUAUUUAUUUCCUCUGGACUUUUGAGCUUAUUAUGUUAGGUUUUUUUCUACUGUUGUCUGAAGGGGAAAAAAAGACCCUCAGCUUGUCUCAGCAUCAGUGUGCUGGAGGGAAAAGGAAAUGGUGUACAUCACCAGUCCAACCUUGAACUCCAGCACUGCGUUUGUAGGUUUUGUUGCACGUUUUGUUUUUUUCCAUCUCUGAAAGAGUUUAAAGACCUUUUAGACUCUCAGUCUGAUGCUUAACAGUAAACUUCAGAAGGAUUUGGGCUUUGCCAGCUGCCCCAAGUGUGGUCUUUCAUAGAAUGGCUUGGGUUGGAAGGGACCUCGAGGUUGAAGUUCCAAACCCCUGCUGCUGCAGGCAGGGCUGCCGACCACUGGAUCAAGUACUGGAAUAGAAGCAUCACCUGUGUGCUCUUGCAAUUUUUAAGGAUAAAAUCCAUUGAAGAGAAAAGACUGAACAAACUGUGGGGUGAUGGGAUGCUCGGGGAUGAAAGUCUGGCCACAGGUAGCCAAGGGGAGAUGGAUGAUGGAUUUAGGGCACGGAGGUGCUUUGAGGUUUGAGCUGCGAGGAUGGGAGCAAGGAGGAGACCCUGAGCUCACUGCUGGGAAGAGCUUGACCCAUCCAGAGCCUUAUCCCAUGGAGGAGACCUGGGCAUUUCCGCACCAGGGCCGGGUCAGGGCCCCAUGGACAGACUGCAGUGGCUGCUGGAAACUCCGGGAAGCGGCUCCGUUAACACAGGAUGGACAGAACAAAACCCUGCAGCCAUUAAUCAGCCUGAUUGCAGCUGAAUGUGCACAUUCGGGUGGCAGUUGUUUACAGAGCUCUUCCCCUGCCCUGUCUGACAGUUAAUUACCUGGGAUUCCAAACGGAGCUGCUUUCUUAGGAAUGUUCCCGUAUGGGAAGCAGCUCCUGAUGGGAGGAGGUGGGGGGAAUCACGCAUCCCUUCCCUCAACCCUUUGGCUGCUUCCUCAAGCCAAGUACAGUGAUGGGGUAUGAUGAGCCAGAAUGAAGCCAGCUAUCUCCUGAGAGCUGGGUGUGGGGAUAAGGUUGUGAUGCCAGACAUGGAGAGCGGCUGUGAGGCCGUGCCUUGGGGCAGCAUGAUGUGGGGCAGACAGCCCUACCAAGGGGAUACCUGCUUUUAUCCCUGAAAAUGCUCUCUGCAGCUGUUGGUUCCAGCACAGAAAGAGACAGUUUGCCUUGGAGAGAGGGAAGAGGGCUGCACAGUGUGCAUUUGGUGGGGGAGUGAUGGGGAAAUGCCAUGGGAAGUAUCCCUGGGUGAGCUGGUAGGAGAUAAAGAGGUAGAAGUGGCAGCCUGCCCUCCUAUUGCUCUCAAUCUCUUUGACAGAAGGAUUCAAAUCCCUGUCAUUGAGGGAUAUUCUGCUUUCUGGAAGAUGUGGGAUCCAGGCAGCUUUGCUCACCCAGGCCAGGUGGAGUGGAGAGGGAGCUGGGAUGGGACCAAGUCCUGACCUGAGUGGGGCUGUCAGGGGGUGAGAGGCAAUGGGAGCCCUGCAGCCCUGUGGGGAGCCUUGGGGUCAGGGGAUCCCAUAGGCACAGAGCCGUGUAACUGGGCAAGCACUGAACACAAAGUCAAAUGAGAAACCCUUUCUGGAAAUACCCCCACUGAGGGGAAGGUGGUGGGGCCCCAGGAUGUUUCUCACAGGGGCGGAUCUUACAGGGUAUUAAAAAGGGCUGAGAACGGGGCUGGCAACCAGAAGAGGAAAGCCCCAGUCAGCAGCACUCACUCCAAGCAAGAGGGAAGGAAGGAAAACCACACUUUGCUGCUGCUCUGCCCUGCGGCCAGCUCCGUGGGUGAUGGAAUUGGCUCCUCUCCUCUUCAUCAGCUUGCUGUGGGGCUGUAGUGGGCGGCCGACCAACAAACUGGUGGUGGUGCCAAAGGAGCCAGUGGUGCAGUACGGGGACGCAGUGCAGCUGAACUGCUCACUGGCCUGCCCAGGUGGCACAGUGCAGUGGAAGGGGCUGGACACCAACCUGGGCAGCAUCGACACCCUCCUCACCCACAGCAUCCUGAAGAUCAGCAGCGUCAAAGUGGCCACGGAGGGCAUCAAGAUCUGCCAGGGCACCUGCGGUGAGAACAGCUACCAGAACACUGCCAUCCUGAAGGUCUACUCUCUCCCAGAGGUGCUGCACAUCAGUGUGGACCAAGCACUGAUACCAGGGCAGCCAUCCACCCUGCACUGCUCAGCUUUGCACGUGUAUCCCAUCAUAGAGCUGCAGCUCGCCUGGUACCGGGAGGACAAAUUGCUGAUGGAUGAAUUUGAAGAAACAGAGACCGAUGAGGGACUAUUUGAUGUUGUGACCACAGUGCGGGUGUCAGGGGAGGACGUGACAGAAGGGGUUGUGUUCAGGUGCGAGCUGACGUUGACAAUUGGGUCAAAGACCUUCACCCGUGCAGCGUCCGUUCCUGUGAGCAGUAGGGCUGUUACGGAGCAGCCAACAGCCAUGGCCACAUCCACAGAGAGCCCCCACACCACAAUGACCACAACAGUGAUCCACAGCAUCACUGCAGCCACAACAGUGCCAUCCCAAGAGCCACACGAGCCCAGCAAAGCCCUGAAUGCUGUGUCACAGAGACCUGAGACCCCCACAAAGUGGGCUGCUGCAUCCAAACCCACCCUACCCGAGCAUCAUCAGGGCCCUGCAGUGGGCACAGCAUCGCUGUAUCUGGACCGCAGCUCAGCCCCCAGCACGGGCACUGUGAGCCUUGCAGCCACACAGGGAGCAGGUGUGGGUGGCAGCAGCCCAGGCUCCCACGUAACGACACCUACCUGCAGCCUGCAGAUCUGGUCGCUGCCUCCCAACGGGAUACGAGGCAGAGCUCUGCGCAUUGAGUGCCAGGCACAGUGUAUCCAAAAUGCCUCCGUCCGUUGGCUGCACACCCCUGUGGCUCUGUCCCAGUACCGGGAGGAGGCAGCAGGCAAUGGUUCCACGCUAUGGUUGGACCGGGCUGAGCCCCAUCACCAAGGCCACUAUCAGUGCAUCCUGCUGGGCCGCCAUGCACAAGCAGUCAGCAUGCAGCUGGUGGUCUCUGAUGAUACAUCCAGCUCCAUCCCUCCCAUAGCCAUGGGCACAGCGUUCUCACUCCUGGGACUGAUGGUGACUGGUAUCAUAUCUCGUCGCCUAUGGAAACGAUUUAAAUCACACUACACUCUGUCCUAAGAGUGGAAGCUUCCUACAGCUGCUCCAUUCCUCCCUAUCAGCUCCUGCCAUCCCUCUUUCAUGCUGGAAGCUGAGCACCUAUGAGCCAGGCGGCCCAGCUUCAGCAUAGGACCACGAGAGCCAGCAGGGUGCGGGCUGCUCCCUGCCAGACCCCAAAAGGAGCAGCUCCAGCCCAGGGGCUGCAAGCAUGGAGCUGGCUGAGCUGCUGCUGCACUCCUUUACAUCGGGUGGGCACUGAGAGUUCUGUGUAUGUGAGCAGGGCUGGGAAAGGGGAGUCUGACCCAUGGCUGAGGCUGCUGCUGCCUGACCAGUGAAUGAGGCUGUGAGGGAUGAGCGGGGCUGGGAGGGAUGGGGCUGUGCUGGCCUGGGCCUGCAGCUCGCAGUGAAUCCCAGAGCACAGCAGACACUCGGUGCAGCAGGAGCUGGGGAUGGAUGCGUGGUGCUGGGUGGGUGUGCGCAACAGCAGCAUGACUUUCAAUAAAAGUGCUUUAUUUGUGUUUGUGCUUUGA